GUGCCUUCGUCGCAUACCAGUGACUCUAGUGUCAGAGAUAGCUGAUAGGCUUCUCGCGAGACCACAGAAAGCUCGGUCGUCUCCGUGUGUUCCCGUAGCUCUAGCAACGGUGUCUGUGGCGAAAUAUGACGCGUGGCCGACGAUUACAUGUGCGCCCGAUCUCCCAGCAAAGCCCCCGCGCCGCCGCCGACACAGACCAGUCGCGCGUGCUGCGAGGUGAACUGCCGUGCGCCGCGCCGCGGCCUUCACCACCCCGGACCUACGAGCGGCCGCCGGCGCGGAUCAGAGAUUCGAGACCGCUGCCCGAGUCCGGCAGCAACGACAGGAGCCGGCGCGGGAGCUAUCCAAGCCUACGACCCUGCCCCCCCCCCCCCCCCCUCCCCAAAAACCAAGACCUCAGCCAAAGAGCUCCCCAACGUGACAACCAAGCACUGCCACUCGUACAAGGGCACCAUGGCACGCCACGCGACGAGGUAG